GUGUGUCUGUGCCUGUCACACGAAGCGCACGGUGUAGGUAUUUUAUCGAUAUACGCGCGUGCUAGGCAACAUUCCGCCACAGAAGGGACACGAUCUGAACUCGUGGUUCACAACACAGCCAUGCGAUCUGAGAAGUCAACGUCGGCGAGGGACAAUCGCAGGACCAACAAACCGAUGAUGGAAAAACGAAGACGGGCGAGAAUUAACGCCAGUUUGUCGGAGUUGAAGUCUUUACUGUUAGAUGCCGUCAACAAAGAGAGUGGGCGUCACAACAAGAUGGAAAAGGCGGACAUUCUUGAGAUGACAGUGAAACACAUGAGAGAGGUUCAACACUCCAACACACCACACUCGUUAACAGAUUUAGCAUCAGAAGAUCUUCCCAGCAACAGUUCAACCAAACACCGCCGCGGUUACAAUGAAUGUAAACAGGAGGUCAGCAAAUACCUCGAUACUGUCGCCGGAUGUGACGUAGAACUCAAAGCACGUGUUUUGGACCACCUGGCAUCUAAGACAAUGACGUCGCCUCCAAAUGAACCAAUGCCUUUUGUCACGGGAGGCAGGGAGAUCGCGUCGCCGGUAAUAUCCCAUGACCAGAAACUGCCUUCCAAUACAGAGUUACCGAAGAAUGCCGUUGCCAUAGAUAUCAACAACAAUGUUUCGAGCGUGACGUCAUUAGCUCCGACGGAAACUACGAAAGUAUUUAGUGCGAUGCAAGUCAUUCCGACGAAACUCUCUACUGGAGAAGUAGCUUUUGUUGUGCCUACGAACAUCGUCAACAAUGGUCAGGUGUCGAACUAUGCUGUACCGGUCAGUCUUCAGAAUACGCCAUCUUUGUCUUUCACCAAUCAGGUUUUGUCAGGGUCGCCCGUGACGUCAGUAGCUGCAACUCAAAUUCUAACUCUUCCGCAAUCCUCAACAGUGUAUCCGAUGACACAAGUCUCGGGGAACAUCGCCAUCAUCCCGUGUUCGGGCAUCACUGAGACAUGUUUGCUUCCACCAGCCACAGAACAUUCCAAACUGCCCCUGCAGCACGUGCAGCAUGCGCCUCACGCGUCGCACGCGCAAGCUCAUGCACCAAACCUGAAUGACAAUCGUGGUAGCCAUUUUGAAAGCAGAGAUCAUUUGGAAGGGAGAAAAGGAUCUGUCUGGAGGCCUUGGUCGCAGAUUUAAGACGUUUCUGUUCAGAGAAUGUCGGACGUUUUCCUGUCUUCGAUGUGAUCUUCAUGGGUUAUGUUCCUUACCUCUGCCGGAUACGCUUAUUUGGGGUUCUAAACUCCGAUUCGCUCAGAUAAUGAUCCUGAAUUUGUCAGCACUUGCUUCAGUUAAUGUGCUGGGAUAAACAACUAGAUCUGAAGUACAGCGAUAUCUUGAAAGACUGUGAUAUAGCGAACCUGUUGAUUCAUAAAAAAACAUUAUGUAUUUUAUUCAUAUUUUUGCAUACUUAAUCGGUUACAAAUAUACCAUAGUGCUAUGCAUUUUA